CCUGACAAAAAUCAAAAAGUUUGGACAAACUCACCGACUUAUUUGUACACAAUUAGUGAUUCGCCCCCACGACUGCCUGCCAUUUUGAGUGAUAUUUAAUUAUAAUUUAAUAAGCUGUAUUAAUUUAUUGCGAUUUAUGGAACGUGCCAGUUUUACCAAAUGUCAAAAAAUGAUAGUGUGAAAAUGGAAGUGAGUAGUGCGUCGACAACCGAUGAUUCAUUUUACUCAAACGCCGUUCAGUAUUGGUCCGAGAUCCCCCCAACCAUCGACGGUAUGCUCGGCGGUUUCGGGCACAUCUCUCAGACCGAUAUUAGGGACUCCAAAUUGCUGCUCAAGCAGCUGUUUAACUCGAAGGAGCCCCCAGGCCGGGGGCACGCCCUUGACUGUGGUGCCGGCAUUGGGCGCAUAACCAAGCACCUCCUUAGCGAUUUUUUCGAUCAAAUUGAUCUAGUCGAGCAAAAUCCAAAGUUUCUAAGUCAAGCCGAACAGUAUUUAGGGCCCAAGUUGCAGGAGAAGGUUAAUUAUUAUUCUGUGGGGCUCCAGAGUUUCAAGCCCGAGAAACAGUACGAUGUUAUCUGGUGCCAGUGGGUUUUGGGGCACUUGACAGAUCUGGAUUUAGUUACGUUUUUAAAGUCGUGCCAAAGUGGACUUAAACCAAAUGGUGUCAUAAUAAUCAAAGAAAACAUUUCGUCAAGUGAGGAAAUUGACAAAGACGAGCGAGACUCUUCAGUCACACGCCCCUUGUCUUUAUUCCGCCAAAUAUUCGCAAAAGCUGACUUGGACUGUUACCGACAAGUGAAGCAACGAAACUUCCCCAAGGGCUUGUACACGGUCUACAUGUUUAUCCUACGACCCCAAAAACAACACGUACCUGAUGAAUAAAAUGAAAUAACUAUUUUACGAAA